AUGGACGGUGGGAACGUUGUGGCGUGUAAGAGCGCUUGCGAGGCUUUUAACAAACCGGAGUACUGUUGCACCGGUGCGUUCAAUAGACCGGAGACUUGUCCUCCCACGGACUACUCGAAGAUAUUCAAAGCGGCUUGUCCCAAAGCGUAUAGCUACGCAUACGAUGAUGCUUCCAGCACUUUUACUUGUACCAAUGCUAAUUACUCUAUCGUUUUCUGUCCCUAG